AUGUCGCUCCCAACAAGUACGGUCCUGGAGAUCACAACCACCAUCCACCGCCAACUAACAACCUACACACUCCCACCCGGCUACACCCUAAUCUCCGGCUCCCCAACCUGGACCUCAACCCCCGCCGGCUACACAAUCCACCCCGUCUCAACCGGUCUUGCGAUCCCCGUCCAAGAAGGUUACAACGAUCCCCAAAACUUCUUCCACUACAUGCCGAACUAUGGAUUGGCCAUCGCUGCACUCGUGCUUUAUGGAUUGGUUGUGGUGGCGGGGUGUUGGCAGAUGGUACGCUGGCGCGCGUGGUACUUUGCGCCGUUGGUGGCGGGGGGAAUCAUGGAGUCUAUCGGGUACGGGGCACGGAUUCCGUUGGCGAGGGAUCCGGCGGGGAGUGCGACCCUGUUUAAGUGUAUGGAUGCGUGCGUCAUCAUCGCGCCCAUCUUUUACGCAGCGGCUGAAUACGUCUUCCUCGGACGCUUGAUGAAUUAUGUCGGGCGACAACACUCUCUAUUGCCGCCCACGUUGAUCUCGUAUAUCUUUGUCGCGUCGGAUGUGGUUAGUCUAUGUAUCCAGAUCGCUGGGGCUGUGAUUUUGUUGAGUGUUGAUCAGGGGAAGAAUACGCUCGCUCAAAUCAACGCGGCGUACAAUAAGGGGAAUAAUGUCCUCAUGGCGGGUUUGGCCGUCAACCUCGCCUCUUUCGCAAUUUUCUGCCUCCAGAUAACUUAUUUCGACAUCCACACCCGGCGCUCCUCCUCUCCGACGCCCACCAAAUGGCGUCCAUUCCUCUACGUCCUCUACACAUCCUGCUUUUUCGUUCUCAUCCGGCAAAUCUACCGCGUCAUCGAGUUCUCGCAGGGGUGGACCGGAUACCUUCCUACGCACGAAGCUUAUUUUUAUGGGUUUGAUACGUUGAUGAUUUUGCUUGCUGGGGUUGUUUAUGUUGGGUGGGGGUUUCCGGGGAGGUGGAUGCCGAGGGGGAAGGGGGUUGUUGGGGGGGAGGGGCUGGGGGUGGGUGUUGGUGGUGGGGUUGAGAGUGAGACGGUUGUUGUUGGUGACCGGUUGGAGGGGGAGAAGGCUAUUUAA